AUGAGUCCUCUAACCGGCAAGGUCGCUUUCGUCUCAGGUGCCAAUGGCAUCAGUGGUUUCGCGAUCAUCGAGCACUUGAUUCGGCAGCCCAAGACCGAGUGGUCGAAGAUUAUUGUGACCUCCAGACGUCCUCUGGCGUAUUUCUGGCCCGACCCGCGGGUCGAAUUUGUGGCCGUAGACUUCCUCGACCCGGUAGAGAAGAUCGUCACAAAGUUGAGGGACAUCUGCGCGCCAGUUACUCAUGUGUACUUCACCUCGUACGUGCACCAUGACGACUUCAAAGUGCUGAAAGAAAAGAACAUACCUUUAUUCAAGAACUUCAUGGAUGCGGUGGAUGAAGUCUGCCCGAAUCUGGAACGGGUUUGCCUUCAAACUGGUGGGAAGUAUUAUGGCGCUCACCUCGGGCCCGUCAAGUUCCCUCUCUCGGAGGACAUGCCCAGAUACGACGACAAGGGCUACAACUUCUAUUACCCUCAGGAGGACUAUCUGAAGGAGGCACAGAAGAGACGAAACACAUGGUCCUGGAACGUGAUUCGCCCCAACGCAAUCAAUGGAUUUGCUCCCCACGCAAAUGGAAUGUCCGAAGCCCUGACCGUGGCUAUCUACAUGUUGAUCUGCCGGGAGCUCGGCCAGCCCGCCCAAUUCCCGGGUAAUGAGUAUUUCUGGAACUCCAUAGAUGAUAAUUCCUACGCGCCUAGCUUGGCCGAUUUGACCAUUUACGCUACGACGACGGACCGCUGCAAGAAUGAGGAUUUCAAUCAUUGUAACGGGGAUGUCUUCGUGUGGAAAUACCUGUGGCAAGAGGUUGCAAAAUACCUUGGCAUUGAGGCCCCCGAACCACAAUUUCACAAGGCCACCGGCCAAACCGAUACUCUUGACAACGAAAUCGACAUGGUAGAGUGGGCGAAAGACAAGCGUCCUGUCUGGGAGGCUGUGGUGAAGAAAUAUGGAGGCAAGCUCGAAGCCUUCGACUGGGGCACCUGGGGGUUCUUCAACUGGGCGACUGGCAAGUCCUGGUGCACAAUCUCGUCCGUUAACAAGGCCAGGAAGUACGGUUGGCAGCGAACAGAUGACACCCUCGAGACCUGGAUUGAGACUUAUCGGUCUUUUGAGAAUGCGGGUGUGUUGCCUAGCCACACUGCCCUCUAG